AUGAGCAUUAGUACGAUACAGGCAACAGCGAAGCCAACUGAUCACACAAGUAUUGAAGAUGAGCUUUCUAAAGUUCAAAUUUUCAACGACAUUUGUGACUUCGAGGAAAAGCUGGCGGAACUAGUCACAUCAGUCGAUAAGUUCAAUCCAGAUCUCAAAAUUGCACGUUCCCUGAUAGAAGUGGAUGCAAGACUCUCCAAAACCCUAGAAAGUUUCCCGAAGUAUGAUGAAAUCGAUGAAAGACUGAAACGUCUGGAUAGAGAGAGAGAACAGAUCGAGGAACGAACAAUCAAAAUAUUACAAACGCUUACCGAAUGCCAUGAACGGCUAAAUACCCUCCCAAUGGCAGAACAAGUCGAAUUUGAGCGCAAAACAAUGCUAAAGCAAAGAGAUAAAGUAUAUUCUAACGUGUUACUUGAUUACGCUAUGAAACUAGCGAAGUUUACCCACAUACCACCAACAUUUGACAAGGGAACUGUGGGCCCGAAUAAUUUCAUUUGGCCAGCUGAAGAUGCACUGAGAAGAGGUAUGCUAGCAAUGGCAUCUUUACGAGCAAAAGAGCUUACGAGGUUACCAGGACAAGCAGAGGAAGACAAACAACAAGAAAACAAAGAUGAGGAUGAUAAAGUGGAACUCAAAGAAGAGGCUCAAAUAGAUACAAAGGAAGAAAACAUAACACCCAAAGGGGAUUCUUUGGUGUUUGAUGGUAAUGCUGGUGGUGAUUCCGAAAAGGUGGAUGAGAAUGAUAGCGGAAUGGAACUGGAUUUGGAUCUAUUCAAUCCAGAUGAAUUCUGA